CCGACCUGCCCGGAUCCAACCUGGGCUGGCCAGCCUGAAAACCAUCCCUGUUUACACUCAACACUGGGGCACUGGGCUUGGAAUCAGAGCAGCUCUGACCACUGCUUCACACGGCUUCACUCCGCUUCAGAGAAAGGAAGGCAUGUACUUUGAGCCCGGGUCACCCUGGUGUUACCUGCUUUCUUCACUGGGGUAUUUUUUUUAUUGAUUUGAGAAAGCUGCUGAUUAGCAGGAGGCAUGGCUGAAAACAAGACGUUCCGCUACGGGCUGAUCGUGCUGGGAUUGUUCCUGGUGAUGAUCGGCAUGUUCAUCAUGAGCGUGGACAAGCCCCACAUUUACGCUACCUUCUGCACCCUGGGAGUCCUCAUGGUGGUCCUGGGCAUUGUCUGGAGCAUGUGCCAGUGCUAUCCCAAGGUCACAUUCGUAACUGUUGCUGAGCAGGAGUCUGAGUUCCUCAUAGCACAGAAGUACAAACUCUCUGUAGCUUCCAUUGAGAGCGAGGUCCCAGAUAAAAAGAGUUCCAGUUCUUCAAACUACACCUGCCCAGAAGAAGCUGGCAUGUAUGAUCACAGCCUCCCGGCUUACCACCAGAUUGAAAUAAUGAGGCUUGGAAAUGAGAACCCACUGGACCUGCAGUCAGCUUCCCCGGCACUCUCCCUGGAAUCCAGGGCUCAGGAAAGCCUGGGGUCUGUGCAGGCCAGAGCGGAGGUGCACUGGGUCAAGAUGAGCCAAGGAGAAAAUGCAGCGCACGGCCCCAGCGAGGACACCCUGUCUGCUCCACGUGUGCCUGAGUGGUACAGGGCAGCCCCCCUGGCCUCCUUCAUGGAAGACUCUGCCAGCCUCUCCACCGCGGACCCUGUCUCCCUGCAGCAGCCAGGCCCCGGGCUCACAGAGCUGCCUCGCUACGAAGACAUCACCCUGAUCGACGCCCCGCCCUGCGAGGAGCAGUGCCCCUCCACGCCGACACCAGCGGCUUCCUGAGAGACGACUGCCAGCGGGAGGCUGAGCCUCCACCGCGGGGGGCUGUGCUCCAGGGGCCACCGGAGAGGAUGAGGGAGGAGAGGGAGAAGAGGGAGGAGGGGGAGGAGGGGGAGCUGUACUACGGGGUGACAGACGAGUUGCUGCAGAUCAAAUCAGACCUGGAACGGGAGUAGCGAUCUCCUGCAAAAUGACCCUGCAAAUUUACCAUGGUAAACCCUUAUUAGACUGGCACACCCACCACAGCUCAAUACUCUGGGAGCUUUACUGCUUUCCAGUAAGACAGACAGAAUCCUCUUUAGUGAAUAUGGUUGAUCACAAAUACUGUAUGGUUAAAACUGUACAUAAUAACAAGCGAUUACCUUUUGUUUGAAUUUCCUGUUCUGCAUGAAAUAUAAAUUUGUUUGUAUCUGGAUGUAUGAACCAUGCUCUACUUCAAUAGAUGUUACGUUAAUUCUUUCAGAAGCUUUGCUUCCCAGCCAUCGCCCUUCCCCUGCUCUCUCCCCAUGUGAUAUUAAAACUAAUGGAAGAGCCUUGAAUA